AGUGAGUGGCGCUCGGUGCGCAGUAACACGCAGGUUGUGCUUUAAAACACCGCAACCUGCCUACAUAGACAGCACUAUAGUCAUAACAGGAACAACGCACUCUAGAUGCGCCUGACAUUCACACCAAGCACACCGCAGAGCUGGAAAAAAAACACGUUCUGCGAAACCGAAUGAUGCAUUGAAUGCCUUCAGCGUUGUCUAGCGAGCUGACUUGUUGUGAUUUGGGACGCGGCCACAGCAUUGAUUCAUUCGCGUGAAGCGUCGUUUUUUUUUCGCGCGGCUUGGAGAGGAAACAUUUAAUUAUGGCUUUUCCUUGCGAAAUCUGAAGGUUUGCAGGUUGAAGACAACUCCUGAUGCCAUCUACCCACAAUCAGUAUCUUAACCAACAGUGUAAAAGAUGCCACUACUUACUUUAAGCCUGAAAGCGGAAAGUGCUCCAGACCUCAAGGGAGGAUCUACAAGACUCUACAUGAAAGCUUGAGAACACAUGAACCUUCAGGAAACAUGAGUGUGAACGAUGAACACGCCAUAUCCUUCGGGACCCCCAAUGAAGAUAACUGCGACGAAAUCAGGAACAACAACAGACAUGCUGAGGAUUCCCUGGAUGGAGAUGCCAAUGCUAAUGAAAUCCAGAGGGUGGAUGGAGGAACAACUUUGGAAACAACCGACACUGUGUCCUCUGGGGUAUCGCACACUGAAGAACAGGUGAAGAUGAUUAUUCAGGGCACAGAUUCCCCUUGUGAUGAUCCAGACUUAGCAGAGUUUGAGAUGUUGGAAAUUCAGGAAUUAGAAGAUGAUGGAGAGAACAAUAUUCCUAAAGGUGUCAUGAAGGGAGCUCUAUCCAACAACAUGAAGAAGAGUGAUGCAGAGUCUGAUAGCAAAGUCUUUCCCCAGUUUUCUUCAAGUGAGCAAGAGUUUACUGUUUGUCCUCAGUCCACGAGCAAAGAAACAGUGAACAGCAUAGCCAAAAUGGAGUUUAGUUCUGAAAACGAUGUCUUCGUCACUUGUCUCUCUACAAUGUCUAGUCUUGGAGGAAGUCUUGCCAGUGCCCUGGACCAUGCUGGUCGGACCCAAAGCACUGAUUCUUGGCAUGCUCCCUUAGGGCCCUACCGAACUCUCUCUGAGGAUCUUACACUUGCCUCACAGUCCUGUAUGACAAUUUCAGACAAAACCCAGAGCUCUCUUCACACAGAGAACAUGCAUCAUCAGUCAGGAAAAUGUACAACACACAUUGGCGGUGUUGAUCUCAAUCUUAACUCAACCAUCUUGCCUGAGGAACCACUUUUAGAAGCACAAGAAAACCAAUCAGUUAUUGACUCUGUAAGAUGCGAGAGCUCAGGUCAACUCACAAAUGGUAUGAGUGAAUGUAGCAUUACAAGAAUCACAAAUGUCCCUAACGAAUCAGGAAGUGCCGGUCAGGACAAUCCAAGAGAAUCUGAAGUUCAUGCAAAUGAGUGCCAUUUAACAGAAGGCAAGUCUCCGUAUUUGAAACCAAUAUCCGCUGAGGAGAAACCAAGCAAACCUCUUGUCUCAGAUAACACACAGUCUACUUCACACAUCAGAAGGUUCUCCCAUGAUUCCACUGGUGUUAUAAAGAAUAAGCUUAAGUCACAGGACUUUCAGGAAUUUCCUGAUAAAAUCUCAAAAUCAAGCUCAAAGGGUUCACCUGUUCACUCUACUGGUUCUGAACCACAACCAUACAAGAAACAAUCAUCUUUUGAAAGAACCAGAAGUUCUAGUUCUAGCUUAGAAAGGCGAAGACCUUGGGCAAGCCCUUCUCGCUCAGAGACCCCUCAAUCCAAUCAUAGUUCACCUCGGAAGCUGCCGCCUUCAUCACCAGCCAAACAUUUAAGCACAAGAGAAGCAAGUCAAGAACAGAGUGAAUCUUUUCAAAGGGGAACCACUGGAUUGAGGCAACCAAGUAAAAGUUUCCUCACUAGUAGUAGCAGUCUCCCCAAAACUGUCAUUCUUCAACAACCCUCUAGAGCGGAGUCUGAAUCUAAGAAGUCUUCUCCUCCUCAGAAGCCCAAAAACGUAAGACCAAAAAUCAUAACCUAUAUCCGCAAGAGCCCCCAAGUAAAACAAAUGUCUGAAGGUCCCUACGAAGUAUCGACACUUCCACCAAGACUUACGCCAUACGGUAGCUCAACAACCUCAAAAGAGCCCAAGACAGAGGGGUCCAGAGGUUCACCCGUGUUGAGCUCCUCUAAUAUUCUGUAUGAUAAAUACCGGCAGGAGGUACAGAGAUCAGGCUACUACUCCCCUCCAGGACUAAUGGCAUCUGGAAUCAGGCCACCCAGCCAUACUGUCCCCCAUAAACUUGUGGGCAAAUCUGAGAGUUUCCACGGGAAGCUGCCGGAUCAGUGCUUACAUGAGGUUGGUAGAGCAGUUCAGCUAAAUACCCAUGAUGCUGCUGCUGCUUUCCGCUUUCCUAGAGCAUUAAAGCCUCAGCUCGGACUUGGAGCCGUCACCAGACAGCCUGCUACUAAGAACAGGACUGUUGUGCCAGGUCAAAGGUCUGCAUCACCCCUCAGUUAUAUGGCUCCAGCUGUUCAGGCUUCAAGUAGUCACCAGGAACCCCCAGUGGACCAGAAGAGACUACCCUUGGGUAUGUCCCCCAAAUUUUUGCUCCCCAAAGCGGGUCAAUCUGGACUUCGUCCACCCGGCUUCUCCCAUCUGCCUCCUGCUCGACUGGCUGCCUUUGGCUUCGUCCGCAGUGCCAGUGUGUCAUCUGUGUCCAGCAAUCAAUCAAGCGACAGCGCACAUAGUGACCACUGCCGAACCAACCGUCCACACAGCAGCAGUGAUGAAACACUGCUGUCCCGCUCUCCUCUUCCUCCCACCGAGAGCAGUUUUAGCAGAACUCAGAGUCCACGCAGACCCCUGCACCCGCCCCCUCGCACAUCACCAGCGGUGCGUCAGAAGUCAUGCGUGGCCCGUCUGGGUGGGCGUUCAGAGGGUUUGGAUGCUGAGCGCGAGCGGCUGAUGGUGCAGAGACUGAAGGAGAGAUGUGAAGAUCAGGCCCGGCAGCUGAUCAGCCUGCAGGAAGAGCUCAGAAAGUCCUUACAAUGCCUGGAUGUGUUCAGCAUCACCACCCAACACUUCUGCCACAAGAGCGAGAGUGCUGCUGUGAGGGAGAGGGAAUUAUCCCUGCAGUUGGCCAGGAUCAGGGAUGAAGUGGUGGUCAGUGUUCAGCGGUGGGAGUGUCUGCAGGGUGAGAAGGCCCAACUGGAGCAGAGUUUCGAGCGGAAGCUGAAAGAACUCCAAGAGGAGCAACAGCGGCAGCUCAAGGCCUUACAGGAGAGACUGGUGGAGGAGCACAGCUCUGAGAAACAGAGACUCCAGCAGCAGCAGAACAGUCACCUGGUGCAGCUGCGAUCCCAGCACCAGGAGCAGAUCGAGAAGAUGAGUGAAAACCAUGAGACGGCUAUGAUUGAGAUGGAAGCAACUCAUAGUGCCACGCUGGCCACUUUACAAGAGGAACACACCAGAACCAUCAAGAACUUGAAGAUGGCACAUGAGCAGCAAAAGAAGUCAAUGGACGAGGAGUUUGAGAAGCUCAGACUCUCACUGCAGGAUCAGGUGGACACGCUGACAUUUCAGAACCGAACUCUGCGAGACCGGGCCAAACGCUUUGAAGAAGCACUGCGCAGAAGCACAGAUGAGCAGAUAGUGGAUGCUCUUGCUCCAUAUCAGCACAUAGAGGAGGAUCUGAAGAGUCUUAAAGAGGUUCUGGAGAUGAAGAACCAGCAGAUUCAUCAACAGGAGCUCAAAAUUUCAGAGCUGGAAAAAAUGGCUCAAAAGAAUGUUCUAUUGGAGGAGCGUAUUCAGGUCUUACAACAACAGAACGAAGACCUGAAGGACAGGAUUGACCGCAACCUUGCCAUGUCCAGGCAACUGUCAGAAGAAAAUGCCAACCUGCAUGUGCACGUUGAGAAAGAGAGCAAUGAGAAGAAGCGUCUGAGUCGCACCAAUGAAGAGCUUAUGUGGCGUCUCCAAACGGGCGAGUUAAGCCCUCGAAUGUCUCCCACCCAAUCACCCCUCCAUCGACCAGCCUCUAGUCCUGCUUCACCCUCCCGACCGCAGUCCUUCCCUAGAUGAGUGCCCAAUUCUCCACCUCUGUCUUUUUUAAAAUCUUUAUCACAUAUUGUUCAUCAUGUGGAUUUUGAUUGGACGAACAAGCGGAUGAUUUAUCAUUCGCCAAUGCUAUACCUCAUCCUCCGGUUCAGUAUUUAGUUGGAUGUUGCUUCAAUUUAAAAUUGGUAGGUUUGAUAAUGUAAUCGAGGUUUGGGUUGGAGCUUGACUGAACAAAAUAAUCAUGAACAUACAGCAGGUAAAAUAAGUAUUGAACACGUCAUGAUUUUUCCUAUCUAUCCAAAACACAAACCCUAUUUAUUUUUAUGUUACAGCUCUUGAACCACUCUGCUUUGACAACCGCAAACAUUUUUAGAAAAAAUUAGCCAUCGGGACCACACCUUGAGUCUUUUGGAUGCUUAAAAUGGUCCACAAUAUAAAACGCACCUCCUUACCAUCUGUGUGUCUCUUUAAAGCAGGGGUAUCCAAACUCUGUCCUGGAUUGCCAGUGUCCUGCUGUGUAUAGCUCCAUCCUACUUCAACACACCUGACAGGAAGUUUCUAGGUUAUCUAGUAAGAGCUUCAUUAGCUGGUUCAGGUGUGUUUGAUUAGGGUUGGAGCUAAACUCUCCAGGACACCUCUGCUUUAAACCAUUAAUGUGGACUUACAGAGUAAAUAAGGUCAAUUUUCGUUUCAUGUAGGCUUUAGGAGAACACUGGGGAACCCAGUUGGAAUCAAGCAUUUGGAAACUAAAGUCAAACAACCAGGAAUAAAGGCUCAGUGGUUAGCACUUUCACCUCAAAGCAAGACGGUAGAGGUUGGCAUUUUUGUGUGGAGUUUGCAUGUUCUCCCCCUGUUGACGUGGGUUUCCUU